GUCUCAGAAUCCAGUAUCUGUUCACGCUGAGCGAUUUCUUUCACGAGCUCGCCCAAAUCACCCAGCAUUCUCGGGGUUUUACUUAAAACUUAAGACAGCCUACGAUUUUUUUUUUUCUUUUAAACUUACGGUUUGCGGUCCUGUCAUCUGCUUUGACAGGUCCGAGGAGCGGAGAACGAUCUUGAACUUUGUCAGGGGAAUGUGACCAGGAAACGCGAACAGAUUUUUUUUGACUGCAAGCAAUAAAUCGCCUGCUUUAUUGUCGACGGGACUGCGCUAUCUCGUGUCACCGGUCCAAGGGUUUUCACAGGCUCGCGGUAUGGACGACACGCUUCGUCUCGGGUUCACUCAAAAUUUACAGGAAUGAAAAAAAAACCCAGUGGAUCACUGACAUGCGUUAUACUGCUUCGAUUUAACUUGAUGUACUGGUGAAAAACUUCACGAUGGAAGACUUCAGAGAGAGGUUUAUGCUGUGCUGUCAAACUACUUUCCCGUGUUUCAGAGACCCGGCGAACAGCACCCCAUCUAGCACCGUGAAAGGGAAUAAUUGGGGGGUAACCGAAGACUUUACAAAGCCGCCAAUCAGAGUGUUACCUCCGACACCUGUGGAGAAACACGGCUACGUUUACGUCGCGCUGUACGACUACACGGCGCGCACGGACCAUGAUUUGAGUUUUCACGCAGGGGAUAAACUCGAGCCACUGAAGAAAGAGGAAGACUGGUGGUACGCGAGAGGAAUCACCGGGAUUUCGGUAAACAAAGAGGGCUGGAUUCCUGCUAAUUAUGUUGCACUUGUGGAAAGCCUCGACGCUGAACCAUGGUAUUUCCCGGAAACAAAGCGAUUGGAGGCCGAGAAGAUGUUGAUGUCUCAAGAGAACAAGAACGGAGCUUUUCUAAUCAGGAACUGUGAAAGCCAGGCAGGGGAGCUCUCACUCUCAGUGCUGGACAAUGGAAAAGUGAAGCAUUAUAAGAUCAAAAGGCAGGAUAAUGGUGCCUACUGUGUGUCAAGGAUUCGUAGUUUUUUCACAUUGAAAGAACUAGUGGAGCACUACUCCAGAGUUCAGGAUGGCCUCUGUGUUCGUUUGGCAGAACCCUGCAAAAAAACAAUGGCUCCAGAAACACAUGGCCUAUCUUACAACACUGUGGAUCAGUGGGAAAUCCCACGUUCCUCUCUAAAACUGUUGAAAAAGUUGGGAGCAGGGCAGUUUGGCGAGGUCUAUGAAGGCAUAUGGAAUGACAGCACAGCUGUCGCUGUCAAAACACUCAAACCAGGAACUAUGGAUCCAAAAGACUUCCUGCGAGAAGCUCAGAUCAUGAAGAAACUCCGUCAUGCCAAACUGAUUCAGCUCUAUGCAGUCUGCACUACAGAAGAGCCCAUCUACAUCAUCACGGAGCUCAUGAGCCACGGGAGCCUACUAGAGUAUCUGCAAAAAAACAGAGGUGCUUCUCUCCAAAUGUCUGAUCAGAUAGAAAUGGGAUCCCAAGUGGCAUCUGGCAUGGCAUAUCUUGAGUUGCAGAACUACAUUCACAGAGAUCUCGCAGCGCGAAAUGUUCUGGUGGGAGACAACAAUGUGUGUAAGGUGGCUGACUUUGGCUUGGCACGAGUAUUUCAGAUGGAAAAUGAUAAUGUUUAUGAGGCGAAAGAAGGAACCAAGUUUCCAGUGAAAUGGACUGCUCCUGAGGCAAUCCACGAGAACAAAUUCACCAUAAAAUCUGAUGUCUGGUCUUUUGGGAUCCUACUUUAUGAAAUUGUGACAUUUGGACAGAUGCCUUACCCAGCAAUGACAAACUUUCAGGUGGUCCAACAGUUGCCCAAAGGCUACAGGAUGCCAUGCCCUCCCAACUGCCCAAAAUAUUUGUAUGACAUCAUGUCUGAAUGCUGGAAGAACUGCCCUGCGGACAGACCCACCUUUGAAACUCUGCAGUGGAAACUCGAGGACUUCUUUGAUAUGGAUGUCAGCUCUUACGAUGACGUGAACCGCUACUGAAAGACACAGCCGCUUACAAGUGCUGGGAUCUGAGCCUGUGAGGCUUUUUUUUAAAGAACCAAAUGCCUUUAUGUAUUCUUUAAUGUACACAUAUAACUCUGUGCACUCAUCAAAAGUUUUCCUAUGUACAAAUGGCAUUAGUUAAAGAUGAAGUUGUGUAGUCAUUUGGAUGUUAAAAUGCCUUCUCCCAUCCCAUGUUAAUAUCCGCGGAGACAACAAAGUGCUUUUAACACUGUCUAUGCUGUUGUCCAGUGACAAACUGGGAAAUGGGUGGAAUUGGAAACCAGUUUGCACAGUCAUAAUUUAUGCAGAUCUGUUAAUGCUGUCGAUGUGCAAAAUCAGCAAUCUACAACACAAUUCGGGUUUGAAUAGAAAAUAUAUUCUGAGCCGCCUUGAUGAUUUACCUUUUUGCAUUUUUCCAUUUAUUCUGUGGAGGCAUACCCCAUCUGUAUUUACUGCUGUGUGCAUACUGUAUGCCAUCAUAAUGAUGGUUUAGUGUCAGUUGACUUGCACUCAUGCUGGUGCAAUGAAACCGAAACUAUUGAAUAAAUAUAAAGAGCCUUGCUGACAGAGUUGUCUGGAAACAGGUAGCAGUGUAGCUGGAUUGACCUGUUUUAUGUUAAAUGAGUCACUGCCUGUCUGACUAGCAGCAUUACUUAUUGUAAGAGGGGAAUGUUAAGAAUCCACUACAUGCAUUUAAGCAAAAAGCACACACUGAGACUAGAUUCUCAAACCCUAGUGAAAAAUCUAAUGAGUAGAUAUAUUGUACUGUCAGUGAUUUUUUUAAAUACAUUUUUGGUUUAAAAAGAGCUUCUCUGGGGUUCAUUUCCAAACUGAUUUCUUUUAUUUUUAUCUUUGUUGGAAGAUAAAAACACUACCUUUUAAAAGUGUGGGGUCAGUAAUAUGUAUACACAUUUGCUGCUUUUUUAUAAAGAGACCAUAUCAGCAUAUUAGAAUUAUUUCUGAAAAGAAAAGAAGUUAUGGCAUGCAUUACCAUACAAUUUUAAAUGUGUUAAAAUAGGUUUUUUAAUAUGGAAACUGAUUAUUAAGAUUAAAGACCCUUAUUUUUGUAAACAUUCUUACUCUCUAUUUGCAUAAUUAUGAGCUGAAAUAUCCAUUUUUGUCAUUCAGAGUCAAAAUUAAUGUAAUGUAUUUAAUGUACACUCAAUAGUGAAAUAAAUUCGAACGCUUAACAAA